UUCAUGUUACCUUAGUUUCCAUUAAACAGUGAAUUUCUAUUUUUGAAAUGCACAGAUAAGGUUGUUCUGAUGCAUGCAUUUGAUAGGAUUAGUGUAUCAUAGAAUACAUUUAUUUUUAUAUAGGCAUCCUUUUUGCUCUGCUUCUCAAUGUGUAUUCUACUCUAGGGAAAAUUCAGAUACAUUUGACGUUCUAUCUCCCUAGACUUUUAAUUGAUGUAAGUGAUUUUCAGGGGAUUGGUUGCCUUCUGCAUGCAGAGUUGAGAAAGAGACUGCAAGAUGCUGGUAUUUGUACAAUAUUAUGUUGGGAGGACAAGGAAUCGGAGGGAUUUUGUCAUAAACAGGGUUUUGUGACAGUUGCAAAGGUGGAUAGCUCGAGUAGAGUUUGCAAACUACCAAUUUAAGCUGACAUCCGGAGGAAAUUAUGAUUUCAUGGUGGUUCCACCCUCGUGGUUUCUCAUCUUAACAAGGAUUUUAGGCUUUUCAGCCUUUAAGCCACUCCUUUGAGUCAAUUUGAGUUUUGCUUACCAUUAAGGGCUCACAGAAAUUCACCUUCAUCUGUUCCUGCUAAAGUUCAAGAACUGGUGGGUGGGGUCAAUUCUUUAAAAGAAGCAUCCAGGGUGAAUCAAAUCAUUACCUAGUCUGAAAGUCCUGAACAUGUAAACUCAUAGAAUGAUGGAUGCUCAGAUGAUGAAGACUUGAAUGGUACGUAGAGUGACCAGAGUCUACCUAUUCUUUAUUGUGGUUUCUUUUAUUUCUAACUGACUAUUUUGACGAGGUAUCAUUGACAAGGCAUCUAUAUUAUGACAAGGUUCUCACCCUAGAGGCCUAGACAUGAUUUCAUAGAGAGUUGCAAAGACUUUGUUCCUUUAAAAGGGGUGGAUUGCAAAGCCAUUGAAGUCUAGUUCAGGAGUAGCGGAAAGUGGAGAUGGUGCUUAUAUAAAAAAAUAGUUCCUGCUAUGGACGAGGUGCAAGAGAGAUUGGAAAGUUUCCUUGUCAUCAUUAAAGUCAAAAAAGAUAAAGGGUAGCCAUUAGAGUCUAACUGGAAUCUCAUUUGUGAAGAAGAUCCAAGAAAUGAUUUUUCUAUUAAUGGUUGCUCCAUGGCUGCUUCUAGAGGUAAGCUUUUAAUGGAGGUUAAUACCAUCCAGCCACAGGUUCCACAGAGCUCAGUGCCAAAGAGAGUACCAUUUGGUCCAUUUCAUAUUAUGCCAAAUGAAGAUCGUAUCUGCAAGGAACUUUCUUCAAAAGUAAAUUUCCCUUGGAUCCUACUAAUGAAUAUGGCUGAUGAUGUAAAAAAAGAACGUCUAACCAAGAUGAUUGAUGACCUUGAUGGCGUUGUUACCUCCGACGGAAGUGUUAGCACUCAUAUUAUCACAGGAAAAGUGAGAAGAACUAGAAAUCUCUGCAUUGCUCUUUGUUCAGGGAGAAAGAGAAAAGGAGAACCUGUCAAAAUACUAGCGCCAAGGAACUUGACUUGGAUAACGAUAAGGUAAGAUUUAUGUAGUAGAUUUCUUUCCUAGAAAUGAUGUUAUCUUGUUUAUACAUAUUCUCCAAAUAUGUAGUUUUUUAUUAUUCCACAACCCCCUUCCAAAAAAAAAUAUAUAUAUAUAUAUAUAAAUUAUGUACGUAGUCGGGAUUUCUUUGUUUGCCACUAAAAGCUGUGUAGCAUGAACUUGGUUGAAGAUG